GAUCGUCUGCGUUCGGCGGGUUAGCUUGUUUGUGUGACUUAGGUCUAACAAUGGAUUUGAGUCUGGAUGACAUUAUCCAACAAAAGCGCAUUAGAGUUGGAAGAGGACGAGGUAGAGGCCGAGGUGGGGAGUCUCUGCGAGGUGUCCGUCGUGGUGGAGUUACUAGACGCAAUGCUAACGGAAUGUCCCGUGUCUUACCUGAUAAAUGGCAGCACGAUAUGUUCCAAGAUGGCCGGAGUCCAAAGGCUGCAAGUAAUACUACUGGAACGGCUACCAGACUUCACAUUUCAAACCUGGAUUUCGGUGUGAAUAAUGAUGAUAUUAAUGAACUUUUCCGAGAAUUCGGUGCAAUUCGUAAAGCGACGGUUCAUUAUGACAGAAGUGGUCGUUCUUUGGGCACUGCAGAAGUCGUGUUUGUCAAUCCAUUGAGUGCAACUAAAGCCAAAAACCAUUACAAUGGCGUACCGCUUGAUGGUCGUCCCAUGGUCAUCCAGUUGGUUGGCGCAGGUUAGUCAACAAUCACCCAGCCACGUCCAUCAGGAAAUCACUUGGGUUUCAACUGUUGGUUUCGUAACUUUGCAUGGUUGUUCCACGUUGUUUGAGAAGAUAGUGUUAUCACACUGACGUGCUGCCAGUAGACAUGUUUUAAAUAAUUUCCCUAACGUGGAUGUAUGGACGCACUUGUCGUCGACAACAGUGGAGCCGAGAAUUCACACAUUCAUGGAUUUUAUCUUGCGUAAUUUCCAAAUGGUCAUACAUUUCUCUGGACGUGACGAUUUCCAUUGUUUCCAGAUAUGCAACUGAAACCACUACAACUGCUCGUCCACGUGUUACUCGUCCUCGUGGUUUCCCAGUACGCCGUGGCUUUGGACGUGGUCGAGGUCGUGCUCGCGGUCGCGGAAGGACACAGAAACCGACUGUCACGAAAGAAGAGUUAGAUGCCCAGUUAAUCGCGUAUAAUGCGCAGCGUGGUUGAUGUUAUCCGAAGAACUUCAUUCAAUUGAAAAAUGUUUACUGUCAGAAUCCACCAAGUCCCUCAAACACCGUGUUUGUGAAUGUUUCUGCAUCCCUAUAAAUAAUAAUAAUAAUAAAACAGUCUAUUGC